AUGGCCGUGGUCUUAGAGGCCCAUGGCAGCUUCGCGAUGUGGGGAGGCCUGUUCUCCCUGAUCGACUGCAGGCUGGUGAAGGUGCGCGGGAAGGAGGACCCCUGGAACUCCAUCACCAGCGGAGCCAUGACCGGCGCCAUCCUCGCUGCCAGAAAUGGGCCCAUUGCCAUGGUGGGCUCGGCGGCGAUGGGCGGAAUCCUGCUGGCGCUGAUCGAGGGUGCAGGCAUCCUGCUCACCAGAUUCGCCUCCUCACAGUUCCCCACCGGGGCCCAGUUUGCAGAGGAGCCCGCCCCGAUGCCGGCCCCCCCCUUCGGAGAAUACAGUCAGUAUCAGUGA